AUGUCAGUUAACAGAAAUAUUUUAUCUAUUGUAGUUUUAUUAUUCUUAGUUUUCACCGUUGCUUACUCUGUUGAAACUACCCAACAAAUUCAACUUGAAGCUUCAAAGAAAUACUGUGCUUCCUUAAGUAAAUUCGAUUGUAUUUUAAACGAAUUAACAAAGUUUACAUGUAUUUGGUUAAAUAAUAGAUGUGAAGUUUACUAA